AACAUUACAUUAGUGCAUUAGUAGUGUAAAUUAUAUAUUAUAUUUCAAUUUUCAAAAUUUCGUGUUUAAGGUCGCAAUCACAUAGAUAGAAUUUAUAAACGUUGCUUUGGAGUUGUCUUUACGGGGCUGGGUUUAACAGUUGGAUUUAUAGUAUGGUGGAUUACGUUUAGAAUGAAACGAUAGGAGUUCAACGGUAACGUCAUUCUUUAGAACACGAAGAGUUCUCUUGGAUUCAACUGAUCAUAUAACUUAAGAUAUUCAUGCAAUUCUGCAGCUAACCAUACAAAGAUGAGUUACAUAUUCCGUAAACAUCAUGCGAAAGUUAAACAGUAACACGGGUCUGCAAAACGUCAACAGAACCCGCGAAAUUUAAAACAAAAUACAAAUUCAAUUUGGACUGUCACCGGAAAAUCAAUAACUUCUUUUGGGGAAAUGAUUGGGUGCAUCAUCUAUUAAGAGCAGACAGUACUGUGAAGAAAUAAGAAAACGUUAUUCGGAAAUUGGCGUUCAGCCAAUUUUGAGAUUAUCUGCGAGUUUCAGUAGAUGGACUGUGGGUUAAAACUAUUUCGUGUUCUAAAAAUAUCAUUUCGAACAAGGUUUUGUUUUUACUACUGCUACAAUAAAAUAAUGAAGCACGUGGAACUUUCAUAUACGAAAGACUUGAUGCCAACAUUAGGUCUUGGAACGUGGCAAGCUCCCUCUGAUGUUAUAGAGUCUACUGUAUACAAAGCCUUAGAUUUGGGCUAUAGGCACAUAGAUACAGCAUUUAAUUAUAAUAAUGAGGAAUCUAUCGGAAGAGCCCUUAAGAAGUGGAUUGAUGAUGGCAAAGGAACAAGAACUGAUUUAUUUGUCACGACUAAGCUUCCUCACGUGGGUAAUCGCGCAUCUGAUGUGAAGAAAUUUUUAGAACUCCAGCUUAGUCGACUGCAGUUGGACUAUGUCGAUUUAUAUUUAAUUCACGUUCCGUUCGGGUUCCACUGCGAUCCGGAGACGCUGACUCCAAGGGUCAAGAGUGAUGGGGAAUACGACGUAGAUAUGGAUACCAAUCAUCUUACUAUUUGGAAGGAAAUGGAACUAUGUCAAAGGGAAGGUUUAAUCCGUAAUCUUGGUUUGUCGAAUUUCAACGAGGAGCAGAUAAGAAAAAUUUCUAAGUCAUCUACAAUCAAGCCACAAGUCCUCCAAGUAGAAUUGCAUGCGUAUUUCCAACAACAGGGACUUCGGAAGUUUUGUACCGAUAAUGACAUCGUAGUCACGGCUUACGCGCCUUUGGGUAGUCCCGGAGCUAAAGAUCAUUUCGUUACCAAAUACAACUAUAGCCCGGAUACGUUCCCCGAUUUACUAAACUUACCACAAGUAAAAGAGAUUGCUGAUAAGCACGGCCGAACACCAGCACAAAUAUUACUAAACUUCUUAGUACAACAAAAGGUCGUUGUAAUACCAAAGAGCACAAGUGAACAUAGACUAAGAGAAAACAUGAAUAUUUACGAUUUCGAGUUGUCAGCGCCUGAAAUGGAUUUGCUAAAGAAGUUGGACAAGGGGGAGAGUGGUCGUAUUUUUAAUUUUCUAUUCUGGAAAGGCGUGGAGAAACACCCUGAAUAUCCGUUCCAUAUUGAAAAAAAUUAUUCCAGCAAAGACAAACAGUAAUUAAUACGUUCAUUUGAAUAAGUUG